ACGACUGUUUUCAUGCGACGGGCGCACAAAUUAUACGUCGUUAGUAGAUACUACAUUUCCCAUGAGCACCUGCACACUUUGACUAUAGCAGACAAUAUGGCUGGAAUCGGAGCUUUCCUGAAAAAUGCAUGGAAUAAGGAGCCUAUUAUCGUGGUCUCUUGUGUGAUUGGACUGACAGGUUUUGUUCUGCCAUUCAUCAGCCCCUUCACAAAGUAUACCGCAAUGCUCAAUGCAGCUACACCAUACAACUACCCAGUUCCUAUGCGAGAUGAUGGAAGCAUGCCAGAUGUCCCUUCUCAUCCAUGUGAAACAAGAGGAAACCGCUUGGAAUGGCUUAGAAAGCUAUAACUUCAGAUUCUCACAAUCAACCCCUGUACUGUUCUCCUUGGUCAUAUCUGUGUGCAUAGCUGCUCCACUUGUCAAUGUCCCACAAUAAAGAUUGUUUAUUUAAUU